AUGUGGUUUAGGGACCGAUCGUUUUUACCUUCACUUAAACAAUGGUGGAGUUCGGCUCCAUUUUUUCCUGGGUCUCGGAUGUUUCGGCUUGUUAAGAAACUGAGCUUUUUAAAGUUAAGGAUUAAGGAUUGGAAUGUGAUGCAUUUUAAGAAUAUCUUUGGAGAAAAGGCCAGGAUCCAGGAAGAAAUUGAGCAGCUUAAUAAGAACAUUGUUGCUUCAGGUAUGUCCCCCUUAUUGUAUGAUAAGCUAAAGUUGUUGAAUCUUCAAUUGAGUAAGAUCUUGGCUAGGGAAGAAUCUUAUUGGAGGCAGAAGUCUAGAGACCUUUGGCUUUCCGAAGGCGAUAGAAAUACUAAAUUCUUUCACUCCUCUUCUAAGCUUAAGAGACUUCGUAAUUGGAUCUCCUGUAUUAUUGACUCUAAUGGCAACAGUCUGGUUGAUGAGGAUGAUAUUGCUGCCGAAGCUGUUAGGUUCUUUAAGUCUCUUCUUACAGCGGAGCCGGUGGUGGUAGAUAAUGAGUUUGUGAACUUGAUCCCUCCUUUAGUAUCUCAAGAGGAUAAUAAGAUGCUUAUGGCCCCCUUUUCAUUGGCUGAACUGAAAGAGACAGUCUUUUCCAUGCAUCCGAAAAAGGCACCGGGACUGGAUGGGCUCCUUCCUUGGAUAAUUUCGUUGGAGCAGGGUGGUUUUGUGCCUAGUCGGGAGACAUUUGAAGGUGCGAUUGUAGCUCAUGAAAUUAUGCACUCCAUAUCUCAGCAAAAGGUCCCAGCCAUGAUUCUUAAACUAGACAUGCUUAAGACUUAUGAUCGUGUUAAUUGGCAGUCCCUUGUGGCGGUUUUGUAUCGUUUGGGGUUUUCACGUUGCUGGGUCAAGUGGGUGUUUUCAUGUAUAUCCUCUACCCACUUUUCAGUUUUGAUUAAUGGUUCUCCCUCGAGGUUCUUUGCUUCCUCCCGGGGAAUUAGGCAAGGGGAUCCCUUGUCUCCUUUUUUGUUUAUUCUUUUGGCGGAAGCAUUAAGCAGGGCCAUCUCUAAUGCUACGUCAUCUGGUCUAUGGUCAGGCAUCAGAGUGGAUGGCCUCCCUUCUUCACAAUCUCAUUGCUUGUUUGCUAAUGACCCGCUUCUGUUUGGGGUGGCCUCUCUGAGGGAAGCUCGAGUUAUUAAGAAAAUUAUCUCUGAUUAUGCUGCUUUUUCUGGACAAAAAGUUAAUAAUCAGAAGUCCAAAGUCUUUUUCGUGAAUGCUCCCUCUCAAGUCAUUAAGGACAUUAAGGUUUCCCUUAGGUCCUUCCUUUGGAAUGAUAACUUGGGAGGUAGAAAGAAGAUCCCUCUUCUUGCUUGGGAUAAAAUUUGUCGUCCCAAAGAGCUGGGGGGUGCGGGUAUUCGUGAUUUAGUCGUUCAAAAUAAAGCGUUGGGGGCGAAAUUGAUUUGGAAGUUAUAUGCAGACCCUCAUAGUAAAUGGGCUUCCAUCAUGCUCACUAAGUAUUUAAGGGGAGCAUCCAGAGAAAGGAUUUUUACUACAACAUCUCUUCCGAAGGGUUUUGCGUUCUGGAAUUUUUUGGUUUCUUGUAGGAAGGUUGUCUUACCACAUUUAUCUUGGGUUGUCCAUAGUGGGGAAAAGGCCGGGUUCUGGGAUGAAGUUUGGAAUGGGCAUCCCGCUCUUUCAGCUAUUCGUGACUGGUCCCCUUUGCCUGGUAUUCUAUCGGAUCUUUGGGGGCCUCUUGUUGCAGAUUAUUUUAACAUUAUCUCCUCAGGUCCAUGUUUAGUGGCUAAAUGGAAGGAUAUCCCUCCCUUGUCUAUUGAUAACGAUCUUAUUCUUGCUUUUGUGGAAGAACUUCAUAAAAGACCUCUAGUUUUUCAUAAUAAGGAAGACUCUUUGGUCUGGGUUAAGAAUGUUGCAGGUUCCUAUUCAAUAAAAGAUGGGUAUAAUUCUUUGGUUCAGCCCUCUUUACCCUCUUGUUGGCCUAUUAAGCUUUUUUGGCAUUUUGCUUGUCUUCCAAAGGCAGGGGCGUUUGCUUGGUUGGCAGUCCAAGAUAAAGUCCUUACUAGGAUGCGAUUGGACAGACUUGGGAUUACAACAGAUGGUCUUCUGCUCUUUGCUCGAAUCUAUUCUCGCAAUUCAUGA